GCGGGGCAACGAGAGUCUGGUCUGAAGCCUUUUAUUCAACAUUCACGGCAACAUCUAUUAUUUUACUUGAGAAUUCUUCAAACCUGAACCCUAGAUAACAUACCAGCAAAAUGUCGGAACCGUUCGAUCCCGAGAAGGCGGAGAACUUGGAGGAUAUGGAGAAGCAGUUUGCCGUAAAGGCGGUGGAACACCUGAUGACAUACUGGGCGAUCCUUGAGAAGGUCCGCGGCUCUCAGCUGCGGUUGACACGGAUGGACGAUGAAAUUUACGAACACUUCAAGAAAGAGUUCCCGGACUUUGACCCUGCGGCGACGCUCAGCGAGGACGAAAUGAAGAGCAAGGAGGGCAAGGAGAAGUGGCGCAACUUCAUGAACCAGUACGAGAAGACGAUCAACGACUUCAACUUCGGGACGAUCAUUCGCAACAGCCCCAAGGUCGAGUACGAGCAGGACACAACCAUUUUUGGUCUGCGGAUGCAGUUCUACGCGAUCGAGAUUGCCAGGAAUCGCGCGGGUCUCAAUGAUUGGAUCUACGAGAAGGCCAACUCAUAAUGUCACUCUGGCCAUAUUAUUCUUGCACAGUCCAUUUUAAAUCGUCCUUCUCGAGCACGUCUUAGCUAGCUUUGCUUUGACCCAUCGGACAUAGCGGCAUCACGGCGUUUCAAGAGACAAAAAGCGAGUCAGGUUGUACUCUACGCCGGUUUCCAUGAAUGAGCGCUUGACGUGCUCCUCCUAUCUUUCCCGCAUCGUCUCGACCAUAUACCCCAUACUUGUGUUGUAUUUCUUUCCAACGGGGGAACAUUAAAGGAUAUUUUCUUUGAAAAAUUUAGAUCGAGAUGUGUAGUGUAUAUGUACAUACUCUAUUUCUGUCAGAAAUUCGCUAGCUGGGUGGUACAACUACCACAGUUGACUGAGGA